GCAAGACCGGGCCGGAAAAGAACAGCUAACGUAAACCCAUCUUCCAUCCUCAACUUCACUGUCAUCCUUCUUCUUUCUACGCACACGAAUGAAUUGUUGGCAUUCUACUAAUAUGGCAACACAAUAAGAACACAAAGUGAGUUCAUUCUCACGAACACAGUAAUUUUUCAGUUUUUGGAACAAUUGGCUCUUGAUUCACUGAGUUAACUCGUCCCGGGUGCGGUAGCGCGAGGCAAAGACAAGACGGGUCCCACGCGAUUUCCUCUAGCAGAAAUGCUCCAUCAAAUAUAGAUACAGAUAUUUGUAUGUAUAUGUAUGUGUGGACUGGAGUAUAAAUUACAGUACGAGCUGGAACCCACCCACCUACCGACCUAACCCCACAUUUUAUCGAAAGCCGUGCUUGGAUUUGAUGUGUUUCUGACUGCAAGACUGGAACUUUAUUUACGGAGUACUUCGCUAGUCUCAACUCCACCUAAUCAUGGCUACGAUACAGUGAAAUGUAAACCUUUAGCUCUUGUCCUCACAUUGAUGUAUUUUAGUGGAGUUUUUCCUCGGUGGCGCCUUUGAGAGCCUUCUGGGGAGGGUUUUGGAGUCCAGGCUGAUAUUUGGCUCUCCAAGUUGAAUCUUUUGGCCUGGAUUCUUUCGAAAUUUGCCAUAUUUUGAUUUCGUGGAGGUUCUGCAAAAAUGGCUAUGAAUACUGGGGGGAGACUUAUUGCUGGUUCUCACAAUAGGAAUGAAUUUGUGCUCAUCAAUGCUGAUGAAGUUGGAAGAAUAAAAUCGGUGCGAGAAUUAAGUGGCCAAAUUUGCAAGAUUUGUGGUGAUGAAAUAGAGAUCACCGUAGAGGGAGAGGUCUUUGUUGCUUGCAACGAAUGUGCGUUCCCUAUUUGCAGGCCUUGUUAUGAGUAUGAGAGAAGAGAAGGAAAUCAGGCUUGCCCUCAGUGCAAAACUAGAUACAAACGAAUCAAAGGUAGCCCUCGUGUUGACGGGGAUGAGGAAGAAGAUGGUGUUGAUGACUUAGAGCACGAGUUUGAUUGUGAUAUUGAAGCUCUGGGUCCUGUGUUAGGUGCAGGGACUAUUUUAUCUCCCUAUAGCCAUGGCGGUCUUGCUAAUUCAUCUGGAAAUGAAGCGUCAACCCCUGGUUUAGACAUACCUCUUCUGACCUAUGGUGAAGAGGAUAUUGAAAUCUCUUCCACUCAAAAUGCUCUUAUACUAUCUUCAUCUGCUAGUGUUGUAAAUGUUGCUUCUCCUAAUGGCGCAAGAUCUUCUUCUCCACAACGCAGGCCAAUGGUUCCAGAGAAGGACACCGCAUUGUAUGGCUAUGGAAGUGUGGCAUGGAAGGACCGCAUGGAGGAGUGGAAACAAAAGCAGGGAGACAAACUUCAGGUGAUAAAGCACAAGGGAGAAAGUAUUGAUGGUGAUGAACUUGACGGUUCUGAUAUGCCAAUGAUGGAUGAAGGGAGGCAGCCCCUAUCAAGAAAAUUGCCUAUCGCUUCGAGCAGAAUAAAUCCGUACAGGAUUUUGAUUAUCCUUCGCCUCGUGAUUCUCGGCGUCUUUUUCCACUACAGGAUUCUCCAUCCAGUUAAAGAUGCAUAUGGUUUGUGGCUGACCUCAGUAAUUUGUGAGAUAUGGUUUGCAGUCUCAUGGAUUCUCGAUCAGUUCCCAAAGUGGUGUCCGAUAGUACGAGAAACAUACCUAGACCGCUUAUCACUUAGGUAUGAGAGAGAAGGAAAGCCAUCUGGAAUGGCUCAUAUUGAUAUCUUUGUGAGCACAGUUGAUCCCAUGAAAGAGCCUCCAUUAAUCACUGCAAAUACAGUUUUAUCCAUUCUGGCUGUUGACUACCCUGUUGAGAAAGUAUCGUGCUAUGUAUCAGAUGAUGGUGCUGCUAUGCUUACAUUCGAAGCCCUUUCUGAGACAUCCGAAUUUGCUAGAAAAUGGGUUCCUUUCUGCAAGAAAUUCAAUAUUGAACCCCGGGCUCCUGAGUGGUAUUUUUCUCUGAAAAUUGAUUAUUUGAAAGACAAAGUCAAUCCAGCAUUUGUCAGGGAGCGGCGUGAAAUGAAGAGAGAAUAUGAAGAAUUUAAAGUUCGGAUAAAUGUUUUGGUCGCAAUAGCCCAAAAAGUUCCUGAGGAAGGUUGGACAAUGCAGGAUGGCACUCCUUGGCCAGGAAACAACGUCAGAGAUCACCCUGGUAUGAUCCAGGUAUUCCUUGGUCAAGAUGGUAUUCAAGAUAUUGAAGGAAAUCAGUUGCCUCGACUGGUAUAUGUUUCUCGUGAAAAGAGACCUGGAUUUGAUCACCAUAAAAAGGCAGGAGCCAUGAAUGCGCUGAUGCGAGUUUCAGCAGUCAUCUCAAAUGCUCCUUUCCUUCUAAAUGUUGACUGUGAUCAUUAUAUCAACAACAGCAAGGCAUUGAGAGAGGCAAUGUGUUUCUUGAUGGAUCCCACAUCAGGGAAGAAAAUCUGCUAUGUGCAGUUCCCACAAAGGUUUGAUGGCAUUGAUCGUCAUGAUCGAUACUCAAACCGAAAUGUUGUAUUUUUUGAUAUUAACAUGAAAGGUUUAGAUGGUAUACAAGGGCCAAUAUAUGUUGGAACAGGAUGUGUGUUUAGAAGACAAGCACUUUAUGGAUAUGAUGCUCCUGCUAAGAAAAAGAAGCCUAGCAUGACUUGCAAUUGUUGGUCAAAGCUAUGUUGCCUCUGUUGUGGGCGUACAAAGAGCAGCAAAGGAAAAUCAAAGAGAAGUACAAAGAAAAAAACAAAGCAGAGGGAUACAUCAAAACAGAUACAUGCGCUUGAAGCCAUUGAAGAAGGAGUUGGCGAAACAAGUGUUGAUCCAUCCAAGGUUUCCCAAACUAAGCUGGAGAAAAAAUUUGGGCAGUCUCCUUCUUUUGUAGCUUCAAUACUCUUAGAAAAUGGAGGUCUUCCUGGUGAUGCUAGUUCCUCAAUUCUCUUGAAAGAAGCUAUUCAUGUCAUCAGCUGUGGAUAUGAAGAUAAAACCGAAUGGGGAAAGGAGGUUGGCUGGAUUUAUGGGUCCGUCACAGAAGAUAUAUUGACAGGAUUUAAGAUGCAUUGUCAUGGCUGGCGGUCUGUGUAUUGCAUGCCUAAACGUCCCGCCUUUAAGGGUUCUGCUCCUAUCAAUCUCUCAGACCGCCUCCACCAGGUUCUUAGAUGGGCUCUUGGAUCUGUUGAGAUUUUCCUUAGCAAGCAUUGUCCCAUAUGGUAUGGCUAUGGAGGGGGGUUGAAGGGGUUAGAAAGGUUUUCCUACAUAAGUUCUGUUGUAUACCCUUUCACCUCCAUUCCCUUGAUUGUGUACUGUUCAUUACCCGCCAUAUGUCUCCUCACCGGCAAAUUCAUUGUUCCUGAGAUAAGUAAUUAUGCAAGCAUAGUAUUCAUGGCCAUGUUCAUUUCUAUUGCUGCCACUGGUAUCCUUGAGAUGCAAUGGGGCGGUGUUGGAAUAGACGACUGGUGGAGAAAUGAGCAGUUCUGGGUGAUCGGGGGUGCUUCCUCCCACCUCUUUGCUCUCUUUCAGGGCCUACUUAAGGUUCUUGCCGGCGUAGAAACUAAUUUCACUGUCACAUCUAAAGGAGGAGACGAUGGCGACUUUUCCGAGCUCUAUCUCUUUAAGUGGACAUCCUUGUUAAUACCCCCAAUGACUCUACUCAUAAUAAACAUAAUUGGGGUUGUGGUCGGGAUCUCUGAUGCAAUUAAUAAUGGAUAUGAUUCUUGGGGCCCGUUGUUCGGUAAGUUAUUUUUUGCCUUUUGGGUCAUUGUUCACCUCUACCCCUUCCUAAAAGGUUUGAUGGGAAAGCAAAACCGAACACCAACCAUAGUCGUCGUGUGGUCCAUCCUUCUGGCUUCAAUUUUGACCCUAUUGUGGGUGAGAGUCAAUCCCUUUGUUUCCAGGGAUGGCCCUGUAUUAGAAGUCUGCAAUUUGAACUGCGAUGACAGAUAGAUUGUCUUGGAAUUCCUUCACCUGAUAGGUGCCAGAGUCCUUGAUGAGAAAUGUUUUCUGCUCUGUGAUUGCAUGUCACUAGAAAUAAUAUAGAGCAGAGAGGAUGUAGAUCAUCAGUGUAGAUAUGAAAUGUUCACACAGCUUUUUUGCUUAGGAAUUGUUUUAUUUAUUAUUGGUUUGUGAAAUACCAAGUCUCAUAAUGUCAUAUUGGUUAUCUAUUUUUUCCCUUAGGGAAUUUUGUAUUUGCCUAUUUGGUAUAGUCUCCUCUAAAAAGGGGUAUGAAGUUUGUAGUUUUGUACUAUUUGCUGUAACUAAGAAUUCUGUUAGAUUACUUGUUCUUUUGUUUUGGAAUUUAGAUUUUAUGCGGUUCUAACUUCUAAAUAUGCACAAUCAUGAUUGUAUCAUUCG